AGAGAGAGAGAGAGAGAGAGAGAUACUAAUCACUGGUAAUUCUUUGGUGGUCUUAGUCUAACCUGUUUUCUAUUUCUGAUCAUACAUCAACAUGAUGCCUGUCCAGAAACAGUUUCAACACUUGAAAAUACCACUAGAAGUUAUAUUAUUAGCAACAAACAACUUUGGUGAAGACCAUCGCAUCGGGGAAGGCGGAUUUGGGAAAGUUUACAAGGCAAAACUUCUUCUUUCAAAUGAGCAUACCACAGUUGCUUUAAAGCGUUUAGAUCGUAUACGUGGACAAGGGGAUACCGAGUUUUGGAAAGAGGUCAUGACACUUUCCCUUUACAAGCAUGAAAACAUUGUCUCCUUGUUAGGGUAUUGUGAUGAGAGUGGCGAAAAGAUCCUUGCAUACGAGUACGCAUCUAAUGGAAGUCUUGAUUCACAUCUCAACAACAAUAAUCUAACAUGGUCUCAACGCCUUAAAAUAUGCAUUGGGGCUGCACGCGGACUAACGCACCUUCAUAGUGAUGUUGGGACUCAACAAAGGGUAUUGCAUCGGGAUGUUAAAAGUUCUAAUAUUCUUUUAGAUGAAAAGUGGAAUGCAAAGAUCACAGACUUUGGUUUAUCCAAAUUUGGUCCAGCUAAUCGGCACUACUCGCAUCUUUACUCCAAUCCUGUAGGCACGUUGGGGUAUUGUGAUCCGUUAUAUGCAGAGACUGGGCUACUGACAAAGGAGUCAGAUGUUUACUCUUUUGGUGUGGUUUUGUUCGAAGUUUUGUGUGGAAGGGUGUGUAUGCCCAACAUACAUGAGCGUCAAUCUUUACUUACCUUGGUACGAGAGAGUUAUAAACAGAAAAAGUUAAAUGAAAUUAUUUAUGGUAACAUAAAGCAUGAAAUAAAUCCUAAUUCGUUGAGGGCGUUUAUAUCAAUUGCUUAUCCAUGUUUGAGUUUAGAGCGUGAAGAACGCCCAUUAAUGGACAUGAUCGUGAGAACACUUAAUACUGCACUCAGCUAUCAAACUUCUUUUGCCCCGGAAGUGAACAUUCAUGGUGAUGCACGAAAUCCAAAAGGGAAGAAAACUGAAGGUGUCACCAUCACUAUACAUUCAGAACCGGGUGUGGUGAAUGUGGUAACUGUACCACGAAAUGUUAAUCCAGAGAGAACAAGCAAAAAGCCUGCAAAAAAUGGGAAGGAUGAUAAGUUUUGGGAUAAAAUUGAAAAAGAACAGAUGAAUAAUCAGAUAAAGAACAUGCAGAUUCACGGUGUUAAAAAUAACAAAAACCAGCUGCAGAAAGGAGGACAAACGAAACAGAGUAAGCAACCCCAACAGUCAAAAGGGUCUCAAGAUCAAACCAUGCGAUAUUACAAUGGGUAUCCUGGUUAUGGUAGUGGAGGUGGAGGAAGUAGCAGCAUGAUGAAUCCAAGGAAGUCUGUGAAGUCUAAGGUGGUGGAGAGUGAUGAUGAUGUGUACUAUGAUGGUGUGGAUGUGAAUGAGCACGUUAUAUAGUUGUAUUAAAAAUAUGAUUCAACUAUUCAAGUAAAAACUAUUUUUGCAUUUUAAAUCCCGGUUAAAUAUCACAUUCUCUCCCUUUAACCGGAUUUGGAUAUGUAUAGAGCUUGAUCACUCCAAGUUUACCGUGCAUGUGGAGCUUGCCAACGCCUAGUAAGUAUGUCUGCAGUUUGCUCUUUUGUGGAAAA